AUGUCAAACGUAUCCAACGGAACAACUUCAAGCGUGUCAACAACUGCAGUAACGAACCAUCUUGAAACAACAUCUACCAUUCCUGAAGCAAUUACCUCCAAUACCCCAACCUCGUCCGUUCAUAUGAAUGCUUCUGAAGCUCCAAACACCGCCUUUAAUGUGAGUGGAAACGAAUUAUCAACAAUAUCAAUGUUGCCAUCAUCAGCUUCAGAAACACACAUUGUAGAUUCGGCAACCCUUGUCACUUCGUCAGCUAUUAUCAACGUUACACAAGUAGUUGAUGCAGCAACGGCACCUACAGCUGUACCCGCAUCAACAGCGACUAAUGAGCUUCAGAGUGCAGCAACAUAUUCAGUAGCAACAAAUGUACCAACAUCGAAUGGGACGAGCAGCAUUGCUAUUUUUUCUGUAGAGAAUAAUAGAACUACUACGAUAGUAAAUUUAAAUUCGUCAGUUGAAGUCAUAUUAUCUACAAAUGUCGUUGCUAACAUAACCGCACCAAUGACAACACCAAACUCAAUGCUGCUCACAUCUACAUCCGAAUCAGCAACAAUUCCGACAUUGACAACUUCUGCUGUUCCAGUGGCCUUGGAGACAUCCGCCCACAUGACACAAAUGCCUAUUGGUAUCUCUACAGCCAUAGCCAGUCAUAAUGAGUCGUCGUACAAUAUGAUAACACCCAGUUUAUCGGAAAUAAAUGCAACACUGCCUGACGCCAUUACGACUGGCACAUCGAACACAAUCAGUGCGUCCAUGCAACCUAUGUCAAACACAACAUUGAUGUCGCCCGCGAGCAGAGCGAUUACAAAUGUGACUGACCUUCACUCAACAUUUUCAAGUGUUACAGCUACAAAUGGUGUCUUAUCAAAUAACUCAAAGUCAGCAAACAUAACAAUAUCUACAACCAACGAAACUGCAACACAUACAGGCAUUGAAGAAGCGAUUACAGCGGAACCGACAGUUUUUUACCCACAGCAAAAUACUACGGUGAUGGCAAAAACUACAAAUAUACCUGCUGUAAAUGGAACAACCAUUUUUCAAUCCAUGGACAACACAACAGAAGGCGCGACUUCAAACACAAUGAUCACAUCGCCAGGAAUAACAUCAGCAAUGGAAUACAUGAACUUUUCAUCAAAUAUCGACACAUCAACAUUCACAAGCGCAGCGGAGGCAACCACUGCAACUACGUUAUCGGAAGAUACGUCUGUCCAAACAUCUUACCCAAUUUUAGUAACACUAUCAACGAACAUCACCGAGUUGACGUCUGACCCUAUAACAACAAGCAGCGCGACUACAAGUACUACUAGCAUCUACCGUUCACAAAUCACCAAUACGGUAGCAGAAACGAACAGUUCAAUAUUCAGUACAACCUCUGCAGUCUUGCACCUUACGUUACGUCUGCAGCUGUCGCAAUGA